GGCAGCUCGCUGUCACCGCUCUGUCCGCUGCCAAAUUCUGCUCCAUUCAUUUCCCCGCUCUGCGCGCCCUCUUCCCUCCCUGCCAAAUUGCGAUCCCACCUCCGGCCCGCCCCCGGGAAGGUUCUGGGCGUGCGCGGUGCAUUGUGGGGGAGCCGGCACCGAGCAGCCGCCGCGAUGAUGCCCACGCCGGUGAUCCUGCUGAAGGAGGGCACGGACACGUCGCAGGGCGUGCCGCAGCUGGUCAGCAACAUCAACGCGUGCCAGGUGAUCGCCGAGGCCGUGCGCACCACGCUGGGCCCGCGCGGCAUGGACAAGCUGAUCGUGGACGACCGGGGCAAAGCCACCAUCUCCAACGACGGGGCCACCAUCCUGAAGCUGCUGGACGUCGUCCACCCUGCAGCCAAGACCCUGGUGGACAUUGCCAAGUCCCAGGAUGCAGAGGUGGGUGAUGGCACCACGUCUGUGACCCUGCUGGCUGCUGAGUUCCUGAAGCAGGUGAAGCCCUACGUGGAGGAGGGGCUGCACCCCCAGAUCAUCAUCCGCGCCUUCCGCACCGCCACGCAGCUGGCUGUGAACAAGAUCAGAGACAUCGCUGUGUCUGUGAAGAAGGAGGAUAAAGAUGAGCAGAGGAGUCUCCUGGAAAAGUGUGCAGCCACAGCCCUGAGCUCCAAGCUCAUCUCCCAGAGCAAGGAGUUCUUCUCCAAGAUGGUUGUGGAUGCUGUGAUGAUGUUGGAUGACUUGUUACAGCUCAAGAUGAUUGGGAUAAAGAAGGUGCAAGGAGGAGCUUUGGAAGACUCACAGCUGGUGGCUGGAGUUGCCUUCAAGAAAACCUUCUCCUAUGCUGGGUUUGAGAUGCAGCCCAAGAAGUAUCAGUCCCCCAAAAUUGCCCUGCUGAACGUGGAGCUGGAGCUGAAAGCUGAGAAGGACAAUGCUGAGGUCAGAGUGAACACAGUGGAGGACUACCAGGCCAUCGUGGAUGCAGAGUGGAACAUCCUGUAUGACAAACUGGACAAAAUCCACAAGUCAGGAGCCAAGGUGGUGCUGUCCAAGCUGCCCAUUGGGGACGUGGCCACCCAGUACUUUGCAGACAGGGACAUGUUCUGUGCUGGCCGUGUCCCCGAGGAGGAUCUCAAGAGGACCAUGAUGGCCUGUGGGGGAUCCAUCCAGACCAGUGUCAAUGCCCUGUCAGAUGAUGUGCUGGGCCGCUGUGAGCUCUUUGAGGAGACCCAGAUUGGGGGAGAGAGGUACAACCUGUUCACGGGCUGCCCCAAGGCCAAGACCUGCACCAUCAUCCUGCGCGGCGGCGCCGAGCAGUUCAUGGAGGAGACGGAGCGCUCGCUGCACGACGCCAUCAUGAUCGUCAGGAGAGCCAUCAAGAACGACUCGGUGGUGGCGGGGGGCGGGGCCAUCGAGAUGGAGCUGUCCCGGUACCUGCGGGACUACUCGCGCACCAUCCCGGGCAAGCAGCAGCUGCUGAUCGGCGCCUACGCCAAGGCGCUGGAGAUCAUCCCGCGGCAGCUCUGCGACAACGCCGGCUUCGACGCCACCAACAUCCUCAACAAGCUGCGGGCCAAGCACGCACAGGGCGGGAUGUGGUACGGCGUGGAUGUCACCAACGAGGACAUCGCAGACAAUUUCUCGGCCUGUGUGUGGGAGCCGGCCGUGGUGCGGAUCAACGCUCUGACCGCCGCCUCCGAGGCCGCGUGUCUGAUCGUGUCUGUGGACGAGACCAUCCGCAACCCGCGCUCCAGCCUGGAGGGGAACCCUCCCUCUGCGGGCCGGGGCCGGGGCCGCACCCGCCCGCACAACCACUGAGGGGUUGUUGUGGAAUCACACCCCGCGGGGAGCAGCGACAGCCCCGGGGAUGAGUGACAGCCCGGCUGGCUUCGGUCACAGGCUGCCCAUGCCCAUGCCCAUGUCCAUGCCCAGCCCCACAACCACUGAGGGGAUCAGUGACAGACAGCCUGGCUUCAGUCACAGGCUGCUCCUGCCCAUGCCCAUGCCCAUGCCCAGCCCCACAGCCACUGAGGGGAGCAGUGACAGACAGCCUGGCUUCGGUCACAGGCUGCUCCUGCCCAUGCCCAGCCCUACAAACACUGAGGGGAGCAGUGACAGCCCGGCUGGCUUCAGUCACAGGCUGCUCCUGCCCACUCCCAGCCCUAGAAGCACUGAGGGGCCAUUCCUUCAUUAAACCCCGGGGUAAUUAGUGACAGCCCGACUGGCUUCGGUCACAGGCUGCUCCUGCCCACUCCCAGCCCUACAAACACUGACGGGCUCUUCUUUCAUUAAACCCCGUGGUAAUUAGUGACAGCCUGGCUGGGUUUGGUCAGAGGCAGCUCCUGACCAUGCCACAAACACUGAUGGGUUAUUCCCUAAUUAAACCCCGUGGUAAUUAGUGCAGCCUGGCUGGGUUUGGUCAGAGGCAGCUCCUGCCCAUGCCACAAACACUGAUGGGUCAUUCCCUAAUUAAACCCCGUGGUAAUUAGUGCAGCCUGGCUGGGUUUGGUCAGAGCAGCUCCUGGCAUCCCCUGCCCUGCCCUGGGCAUUCCCUGGGGCAUUUCCCUGGGGGCUGCAGCCAGCACAGGGAGGGGCUUUGGGCUGUUUAUACUGAUCUGUGUUCUGCUCUGCUGGCACUCUGAGCCCAGGCUCCACAAUAAAACCAGUUUGUCUCUGUGGCA